UAUUAGGUUAUACUUGAGCAGACAUUGUGCAUCAGUGUGGACUAUGAAAAGAUUUUAGCAUACAGCUUAAUAACUUUGAAGACAAGACAUAAUAAAGCAAAGAAGAUGAUUAAAGAAUUAUUGUCAGUCCUUAUGGUGCUGGUGGCCUUGACUUGCUCCAUAGUGAAGCCGAAUGAGAUACCCAUCAAGAACGAAAGGGUAGAACCUCAAACACUCUCCAGAGGAUGGGGUGAUCAGCUGUUUUGGGCACAGACAUACGAGGAAGCACUCUUCUGGGCACGCUCAAGGAACAAGCCUCUCAUGGUCAUUUUCCAUUUGGAUGACUGUCCACACAGCCAGGCUCUGAAGAAAGCCUUUACUGCGGAUAGAGAGAUCCAGAAGUUAGCUGACAAGGACUUUGUUCUCUUAAAUCUAGUGUAUGAGACCACAGACAAGCACCUGUCACCUGAUGGGCAGUAUGUUCCCAGAAUCCUCUUUGUUGAUCCCUCGAUGACUGUUCGGGCUGAUAUUGCUGGACGCUACUCCAACCGCAUGUAUGCCUAUGAACCAAGUGAUAUGAAACUUUUGCUGAGCAACAUGCAGAGAGCUAAGAAGUUUCUGAAAGCAGAGUUGUGAAAUCUACUGUAUGAUGAGAGAUGGCUGUUCAUCCCUCUGAGAGUUUCUACUUAAUAAUCAGUUCAUUGUACAGAAACCCAGUAUACAUCUUUGAACUCACUUUGGAUACUUCUUAGAAUCCUGUUAUUAUCAAUACCAAAUUUUCACCU